GAGAGAGAGAGAGAGAGAGAGGGAUUGAUAGAGUUGAGACACGCAAUCCAAAGAGCGGAAGGUCCGCCCCAAACAUCGAAUGCCCUGACACACACACAACACAACACUACUUUUUGCAAGAUAAUGCUGUCGAAACAAAAUAGCCGGAAGAAGGCCGCUGGCCCAUCAGGCAACAAUGGCAGGAAGUUCCUAACCGACCUCGACACCAUGACCAGCGCUUUCUACGCCCCGUCGAGGCUCACCAGCUCCACCGCCAGCAGCCGUUCCAAGUCAGUCAGCAAAACUCCCGCCCAAGAACCCAAAAAAAAGCCCGACGACCCCAAGCCCCGGGCCAAACCCCUGCUCGACCAGGACAAGAAGCCCUCCAUCUGGAGCUGGAAAGGCCUCCGGGCCCUGACCCAAGCCCGCCACCGCAGGUUCAACUGCACCUUCUCCCUCACGGUCCACUCAGUCGUGGGCCUGCCACUCUCCCUCGAGGGCUCCUGCCUUGUGGUCCAUUGGAGAAGGCGAGAUGCUGACUGGCCCACACGGCCCGCAAGAGUCUCCCGUGGCUCGGCCGCUUUCGGGGACGAGCGGCUCACCCACUCGUGUUCCGUGUAUGGGAGUAAAAGCGGACCCCACAACUCGGCAAAAUACGAGGCUCGACAAUUCUUGCUCUACGUCUCGAUUCUUGGUUCGCCUGAGGUUGACUUAGGGAGGCACCGGGUUGACUUGACGAGGCUGCUCCCGCUCAAGCUGGAGGAGCUCGAGGAGGAGGAUAAGUGCUCGGGAAAGUGGACGACUAGUUUUAGGCUGUCGGGUAGGGCGAGUGGGGCCACGGUGAACGUCAGUUUCGGGUAUGAUGUGGCUGAAAAUGUGUCCUGUGGUGAACAGUCGGGAAAAAUGGAUGACGGGUCGGAGGACGUGAAGGAGCUUCACGAGGUUUUGCCGGUGAUGAGCUCGGAGCUUUGUGACUCGGUAAAUGUGUUGUACCAGAAGCUGGAUGAUGAGGCGUGUGAUGAUUCGGUUGGGAAUAAAGUGGAAGAAGAUGAUUGUUUGGUAUCUUCGUCCUUUGACCGACAUGGUGUGGAGUUAUUAUUAGCAGCAGAUGAUGAUGGCGAACGAGCUUGCGGAAAUGAAUGUGAAAUAGAUGAAUUUUCUGUUGUAGACAAAGGUACAGUGGAGUCGACUGAAGAAAAUGUGAUACAUGAAGAUGAAUCACGUAGAGAUGGUCUAGAAGCUGACUUGGCUAUUAAGGUGGUAGCUCCUGAUGAGGAGGGCUCCCCUCGUAACUUGAGUGUCCUUCAAAAUGAUGAGCAGCUGGAAAACAUUAAGAAUAAUGUAAAGCGUGAGCAAGCUGAAGUUUUCUCCAAGGAAUCACUCAUGAAAGACCUGGAAGCGGCUCUAAGUUGUGCCACGGACUUGGCGAAUGAAGUAGAUUCUCAGGACGAAUCUGACUACGGAGAUUGUAAAAUGGGAAAAUCACCGAGUUUGGAUGAUGUCACUGAGGCUGUGGCCAAUGAUUUCCUUGAGAUGCUGGGCAUAGAGCACGAUGGCCCAAUUAUCUCGGAAUCAGAAUGCGAGCCCGAGUCCCCAAGAGAGCGCCUUCUUAGGGAAUUCGAGAUGGAUUCUCUUUCCAAUGGAGGUUUACUAAACUUUCUUGAUUUCGAAAGUUCGUCAUUGUUUGAAGAUUCCGUGCACAUGCCUGACACCGAGAACAAUGCAUUCGUGACUAAACCGAGUGCCUCGAUGAUGGAGGAUCUGGAGACUGAGGCCUUGAUGCGCGAGUGGGGCCUGGAUGAGCACGCUUUCCAACACUCGAGCAGUUUUGGGAGCCCGAUCCACGUGGAUCCUCCAGAGGAUACUCAGCCUCUGCCCCCACUUGCAGAGGGCGUGGGCCCCUUUGUGCGGACUGAAAAUGGAGGGUUUGUUCGGUCCAUGAGCCCCGCGCUUUUCGAGAACUCGAAAAACGGGGGGAGCUUGAUCAUGCAGGUGUCGAGCCCUGUGGUGGUGCCUGCUGAGAUGGGUUCGGGCGUGAUGGACAUACUUCAGGGCCUGGCCUCUGUUGGGAUCGAGAAGCUCUCCAUGCAGGCUAAUAAGUUGAUGCCAUUGGAGGACAUAACUGGGAAGACGAUCGAGCAAAUUGCAUGGCAAAGUGCUCAGAGUCUAGAGGGACCAAGGAGGCAAGAUUUACAACCGGAUGAAUUUGGAAUCUCAAAAAAUACGCGUAAUGAGCGGAAGGGCGCGCAUGGAAAAUCCCAUGUUCCGAAUUCGAGCAAGUCCCACUCUAGUCUGGCUAGCAUUGACUCGGAGUACGUAUCUUUAGAAGACCUCGCUCCUCUAGCCAUGGAUAAAAUCGAAGCCCUAUCAAUCGAGGGCCUCAGAAUACAAUCCGGCAUGUCUGACCAAGGCUCGGCUCCCAACAUCACUACCCAGUCAAUCGGUGAAUUCUCGGCCCUCAAGGGAAAGACUGCGGGCCUAGACGGGCCAAUCGGCCUCGAUGGCACAUGUGGACUACAGCUAAUGGACAUCAAGGACGAUGGCCAGGCCCAAGAAGGCCCGGAUGGGCUGAUGGGCCUAUCCCUGACCCUCGACGAGUGGAUGAAGCUCGACUCUGGAGAAAUCGACGAGAAUGAGCUCGCAAGCGAGCGGACUUCGAAAAUACUGGCAGCCCACCAUGCCACGUCACUUGAAGCCUUCAGAGGAAGGUCGAGGGGGGACAAAAGACGUGGCAGGGCCCGUAAAUAUGGGUUACUGGGAAAUAAUUUUACGGUUGCUUUAAUGGUGCAGCUUCGUGACCCUUUGAGGAACUAUGAGGCGGUGGGUGCCCCUAUGCUAGCACUCGUUCAGGUCGAGAGAGUCUUUGUGCCGCCAAAGCCGAAAAUCCAUGGUACAGUUUGCAUGGUGAGGGACUUUGUGGAGAAAGAAGAAGAAGAUGAUGAUGAUGAAAAUGUUGUUGAGAAGAAAACGAAAGAUGAGGUUCGAGAAGAGGAAGUGGUGAUCCCGGAAUAUAAAAUAACGGAGGUUAGUGUGGCUGGGCUGAAGGCAGAAGAAGGUAGUAAGAAGAAGUUGUGGGGUUCUUCUGUGAACCAGCAGCAGACCGGUUCACGCUGGUUGCUUGCGAGUGGAAUGGGAAAGAAGAAUAGCAAGAAUCAAGUGAUGAAGUCGAAAUCUUCGGGUGAUGCUUUGUGGAGUAUAUCUUCUCGCGCGCGUAAAUCGCUUAAAUGA